UGUGCAAGACCCUUAAAUGAGAAUAUAUUUGUUUACUCUAACCUCUUGCACCAGUGCAGCAGUGGAGCGAAAAAGAACAAGCCAAUUGUUCGCAGUUUAUCAAUGUAAUCCGUUAUAUUUGAAAGAGCGAAAUUGUAUUAUGUCGCGACGAUCCAGAUAUUUCGUUAACGAAUAUCGUGCGCGUGAAGACGAAAUCGUUAACAACCCGACAUUGAUAGAACGUGGUAUUGUUGAGAGUCAAGGUGUCGCUAAAAAUAACUUACGCAAGAUUUUACAGCGUAUCGUUGACAAGGAGCCACCUGAUCGCGCGGAAGCCAACGGUGGGCUGUAUGUUGGCGCGUCCGGUAUUUCCUAUGCGUUUAUGCGAGUUGCCGAAUGCGCUGCUUUGGAAGCUGAAAUCUGUAAAAAACAUUUGUUAUUGUCUGAGCAUUAUCUGCGUUCAUCUUUAUCGAUGCAACAUCGCGAAGGAUAUUCCAACACUGGCUUUCUUCUAGGCAAUUGGGGUAUCCUGGCAAUGGGUGCAGUUCUUGCGGUCGCUCGAAAGAAUGAGGAAACUGCCACUGCACUGAUAAAACGCUAUAUAGCAAUGGGAGAGCGUUGCAAAGAGCUGAAUUUUUUGAAAUGCGGCUCGGAUGAAUUUUUUGUAGGCCGCGCCGGUUUUUUAUAUGGUGCGCUAUGGUUGAAUCGCAUAAUGAAAAGGAUCAUUAUACCACUUGAUAUAAUGCACGAAAUCGCGCAAACGAUUAUUAUUUCGGGAAAGACAUACGCGCGAGUGCAUAACAGUCCAUGUCCGUUGAUGUAUGCGUACUAUGGCACAGAAUAUCUAGGAGCAGCUCAUGGACUAUGCGCAAUUCUACAAGUUCUUAUACAGUUGCCAUCAUUCCUCGAUAAAGAUGCGGAUGCUGACAAAAAUGUGCGAACGUGUGUGGAUUAUUUAUUGACUCUUCAAACGACGUCUGGCAAUUUUCCAUGUUCCAUGGAAGAAAUAGAACGUUCCGGACGAAGUCUUGGAGACAGCAAUGACGAAUUGGUGCAUUGGUGUCAUGGUGCCCCUGGCGUUAUUUAUAUGAUGGCGGCGGCGUACCUGCGCUGGAAGGAUCAACGUUACUUGGAUUCGUGCAAACGCGCCGGCGAUCUUGUUUGGCGCAAAGGUCUUUUGCGUAAAGGACCUGGAAUCUGUCACGGCGUGGCGGGCAACGGCUAUGUCUUUCUUCUUCUAUACAGACUCACGGACGACAAACGACACCUUUAUCGUGCUGCUAAAUUUGCAGAUUUUAUGAAUUCGCCACAGUUUCAGGCUGACGCACGUGUUCCCGACUCACCAUAUUCACUCUAUGAAGGCAUCGCUGGCACCGCCUGUUUUCUCGCCGAUCUUAUUGAACCAAAUAAGGCCCACUUUCCUUUCCAAGAUGUAUUUUAAGAUCCGAAUAAUGGAAGAACAAUCUCUGUAUUUUUAUUGCGCUUAAUAUACUUAAAUUUGGAAAAACAAAUAAAGAGAGUUUAUAUGAAAUUAAU